CACAGCUGCACGUUCGGUGUUUACUGCUGAAAUCAAGAUGACGACUAUAAAUUCUGGAGUGAAAAUAGGGCAUUAUGUCCUCGGUGAAACGAUUGGAAUGGGAACAUUUGGAAAAGUCAAAAUGGGUGAACAUCAACUGACCCAGCAUAAGGUGGCUAUCAAGAUUCUGAAUAGACAGAAGAUAAAGAACUUGGAUGUUGUCAGUAAGAUCAGACGAGAGAUUCAAAAUAUGAAACUCUUCCGUCACCCUCAUAUCAUCAAACUGUAUCAAGUAAUCAGUACACCCACUGACAUCUUCAUGGUGAUGGAAUAUGUAGCUGGAGGAGAACUCUUUGAUUAUAUUGUCAAACAUGGAAAGCUGAAGGAACAUGAAGCCAGACGAUUCUUUCAACAAAUAAUAUCUGGUGUGGAUUACUGUCACCGUCAUAUGAUUGUACAUCGUGAUCUGAAGCCUGAAAAUCUGCUACUUGACCCCAAUCUUCAUGUCAAGAUUGCUGACUUUGGUUUGUCAAACAUGAUGACUGAUGGUGAGUUCUUGAGAACGAGCUGUGGAUCACCAAACUAUGCUGCACCAGAAGUCAUAUCUGGCAAACUGUAUGCAGGACCUGAGGUUGAUAUCUGGAGCUGUGGUGUCAUUCUCUAUGCUCUCUUAUGUGGUACACUACCGUUUGACGAUGAACAUGUCCCUACACUCUUCAGAAAGAUCAAAGGUGGUCAUUUCACAAUUCCUGAUCAUAUAGAGCGCUCACAGGUCAAGAGUUUGAUCCAACACAUGUUACAGGUUGAUCCACUUAAGAGAGCUACUAUUAAGGAUAUAAGAGAGCAUGAUUGGUUCAAGAUUGAUCUGCCACAGUACCUGUUUCCUCAGAAUGAUUUUGAUGAUUCUAUCGUUGAUGUAGAGGCUGUCAAAGAAGUCUGUGAGAAAUUCAAUGUUCGAGAAGGUGAAGUGCAGAAUGCAUUAAUGUGUGGUGAUCCUCAUGAUCAACUUCGGAUCGCUUACUAUCUCAUCAUUGAUAACAAGAGAAUAAUGGAUGAAGCUUCUAAGACACAAAUGAAGGAUUUCUACCUUGCUUCUAGUCCGCCUCCAAGGGAGUCCUAUCUUGAAGUUCAACAAGAAGCAGGUUUCCUGGCACCCAAAGCACAUCCAGAAAGAUUAACAACUAUGACAAUGAACACCCUGGAAAACUUCAAUAACCAGAGUUCUGAAAGUCAGAGAAGGGUUCCAGCAACACCUGUUAAGAGGUCAAAGUGGCAUCUUGGUAUCAGAUCACAGAGCAGACCACAUGAUAUCAUGGGAGAAGUCUUCAGAGCUAUGAAAGCACUCAAUUUUGAAUGGAAGGUAGUGAAUCCAUUCUAUGUGAGAGUCCGACGAACCAAUCCACUGACCGGUGCUCAGAUUAAGAUGGGUCUUCAACUCUAUCAGGUGGACAGUAAGAGUUACCUACUGGACUUCAAGAGCUUGACCAAUCCAAGGGACAGUGGCAUGAGCAACUUUGGUUCUGAUGAUCGAAUGGAUGUGGAGGAGCCCCUGUCACCGCGAUCACCGACCACACCACCGUUCCCUCAAUCUCCUGGUUCACCACGAUGCAUGCAGCACUGUACCAUGGAAUUCUUUGAGAUGUGCGCUAGUCUGAUCGCAACCCUUGCACGAUGAGGAUGGUCUGGAUCGGUUGAUGGCCAAGAACCAACAGAGUUCAUGCCAAAGAGUUGGCUGAAAUCAGUGUCAAUAUACCCUUGUAUUUUUCCCUAAUUUAGAUCCUAUUGGCCUGAAUCGAGUAAGUUGGUCCGCUAAUGCCGAACCGAUGCUGCUUGUCGCUGUUGCAAUUGCGUUCAGACUGGCAGACCAAUGAAAUAAAGAAAUAUAUUUAGAAAUUUGAAGUCAAAGACUUAACCAGUUUAAAAACUAAAUGUCAUAAAAAUUCAUUUAUUAGAUUUCAAACCAAGUUGAACUAUGGAAAUAAGGUUACCAUAGAGGAACACUCAGUGUUCCUCCUUGGAUUUAUCAGCCUUUGAAGUAAUAAUCUUGUUACACUAACUGUGUAGCAGUCUUCAAAAGAUGAUGACAAAGUGGGGGUCAAGCUAUUGGCUACACACCAUAGUUCAACCCUCCUAAGCCGUCUUCAACCAAAACAUUCGGUGCCACAAUAUCUUAUUUAUAUUUGUUUUCACACUCAUUGCAAUUCAGCAGAAAUUCCCAGAAAGAUUUUCGGUGUUUUUCGCUAGUGAAUUUAGUCUGGUUUUGCUUUAAAUAUAGAUAUAUUCGUUUUACAUAUAGACGGUGUUUACAGUACUUCAUGUACUUUAUAUUUGUUGUGUGUUAUUACAUGUUCAUACAUUAAGGUUACAUUAUUAGCCCAUGGCUAUGAGAUGUCUUGUGUUGAAGUCCAUAUAUAUAUAUAUAUAUGUUUGAGUUCAUGGCAGUAGUGAUUUUCAAAGAAUAUAUCAAAGGUUAUGAAUUAUUGUAUUAAAAUUUGAAAGGUGACUUUUGUUUUAAUCCUUAAAUUAUUUAGGGAAUGGAAUGAUAGAUUUGUUAUCAGACUGUAUUUGGUAGUUGAAGAUUAUACUAAGGGGGUGUUGCAAGAAAAUAUUUGCAAUCAAUCGCAAAUAUUCUGUUGCAAUUUUAUAAUUGAUUGAUCACUUCUAGCUAUCGCAAAUUGGAUUACACUCCUUGUUUCAUGGAGCAGAUUAGCAAUCAAUUGAAAAUUUGCAAUUAAUUGCACGGCAUAUGCUUGAUUUCGGGAACAAAAAUAGACUUGCAAUUGAUCGCAAAUUUCUUGCAACACCCCAUAAGACACCUUUAUAACGGUUUGUGCUGAUAGCGUGUUGCAAAACAUUUACAAUCAAUAGACCAGUUCUUAGUUACUUCAUGGACAAUUUUGGUCAUUAUGAUAGGCAGAUUUCAAAGCAAGAUAUUACGUAAGUAUGCCUUACGUAGCAGGAUGAAGAAAUUGAAUAGACCAGGUGACUAGAAUAGCACACCAAUGAAUGCUCUGUGAAGGUAUUGCAUUUUUACUUUGAAUGCAUAUUGGAGCAUUUUGUACAAUGUACUUGGCAAACUGAAAUACGUGGACGCAUUGUUUUUU